AUUUUGCAUUGACUUGUAGAGUCUUGCUCGUCGGCGGUUGGAUUUUUGUUUUGUUACUUUUGAUUGACGAUUUUCGAAGCUAAAAAUCACCAUGAUGGACAUUGAUGUUGAUCAUGAGAUGCGGGACAUUCAGCGAGAGUAUCUGGAUUUUCUUGACGAUGACCAACAAGAAGGUGUAUAUCAAGACAAGGUGAAGGAGAUGAUUACAGACAAUGAUAACAGAUUAAUUAUCAAUAUCAAUGAUCUGAGAAAAAAAAAUGAAAAACGUGCAAACAGGUUUGAUGAUGAUGGCAACCUACUAGAGACAGAGUACGGACUUUCUACGUACAAAGAUCAUCAAACAUUGACGAUACAAGAAAUGCCCGAGAAAGCUCCCGCUGGACAAUUACCACGAUCGGUUGAUAUCGUUGUUGAUAAUGAUUUGGUAGAUAAAUGUAAGCCUGGUGACAGAGUUCAAGUAAUUGGUAUCUAUCGAUGUUUACCAAGCAAGAAAGGUGGAUAUACAUCGGGAACGUUCAGAACUAUUUUAUUAGCCAACAACAUAAAAAUUCUCAGUAAAGAGAUUUCCCCGCUGUUCUCUGCGGAUGAUGUGACGAAGAUAAAGAAGUUGAGUCGCAACAAAAAAGAGGAUGUCUUUGAAGUUCUCGCUAGAUCUCUAGCGCCCUCUAUCCACGGACAUGAGUAUAUCAAGAAGGCAGUUCUCUGUAUGUUACUUGGUGGUGCAGAAAAGAUUUUAGAAAAUGGCACUCGACUAAGGGGGUAAGGAAUAAAUAUAAUAUGCAUUUCCAAAAAUGAAAAUUAUAUCCGUAUUUUCUGUAGAUAUGUGUUGCAUACAGCACCUCGUGCAAUUCCAACAACAGGACGUGGUUCAUCCGGUGUUGGUCUUACGGCCGCUGUCACUACAGAUCAAGAGACUGGCGAACGUCGCUUGGAAGCUGGGGCCAUGGUAUUGGCUGACCGAGGUGUUGUUUGUAUUGAUGAGUUUGAUAAGAUGAGUGAUCAAGAUAGAACUGCUAUACACGAAGUAAUGGAACAAGGUCGUGUAACUAUUGCCAAGGCAGGCAUCCAUGCCAAGUUAAAUGCCAGAUGCUCUGUGCUAGCUGCUGCCAAUCCUGUGUACGGCCGGUAUGAUGAAUACAAGACUCCCAUGGAGAACAUUGGGCUACAGGAUUCACUGCUGUCACGUUUUGAUUGCAUCUUUAUUGUACUUGACCAGGUACCCAUGCCAAUGGGUAGUGCUAUAGACACGUUGACAACAUACGACAAUGAUGAAGAUGAAGAAGAUGAGGAAACUCCAAUAUACGAGAAACAUGAUAAUUUAUUACACGGUCCAAAUAGAGACAAAAAAAAGAAACUUAUAAGUAUGAAGUUCAUGAGAAAAUACAUCCAUAUUGCUAAAGCAAUUAAGCCACAACUAACCAGAGAGGCUGCCGAACACAUUGCUGAAGAAUAUGUCAAAUUACGAAGUCAAGAAUCGACUGGUAAUAAUGUGGCACGGACGCAACCUGUGACAGCUCGAUCGUUAGAAACAUUGAUUCGUCUUGCUACCGCCCAUGCCAAGGCAAGAAUGUCGAAAAAUGUAGAGUUGCAGGAUGCCAGGGGUGCUGUGGAACUGAUAGAAUUUGCUAUUUUCAAGAAGGUUUUAGAGAAACAGAAGAAGAAAAAGAAAGGUGAAGAUGAUGAAAGUGAUGAAGAGAUUAGUGAGGAAGAAACUGUUACCAAUGGUGAUGAUGCAAGUCAGAAAAAGAGGAAAAGGAAAGCCAAACAAAGUUCGAGGGAAGGCCCUCCUAAGAAGAAAGGUGAUGACGAUUAUGAUCCAUAUGAUUUUGAUAGUGUGGAUGAAGAUGAAGAAAUUGUAUUAUCACCACAACCUAGAACUCCACUAGAUGGUGAUUCAUUUAAAACCUCACAUGAACCGAUGGAUACAGAGGAAUCGCAAGGAAUUACACCAUCAAGAAUGAAAGAGUUUAAAUCAUCAUUAUUCCAGCUGUUUUCCUCCGAGCAUGCCCAGUCAUUAACAGUUGAUCAGAUCACUCAUGGAGUGAACAAGCAACAGGAAAGUAACAAGUUUACAGACGUGGAAAUUGACGAUGCUAUGCAGAAGAUGCAAGAUGCCAACCAGAUCAUGUUAUCCGACCAAAUUGUGUUUUUGAUUUAAUAAAUUCACUUUUGUGUUUUAUCACUGCCACAUCAACAGACAUUGGGGUGGGGGUGGGAGGUUAUGCCAGGUGUUCAACACUUGCAUUUUUGUUGUGUCCAGUGUGAAUGUCUGUUUGCAUACAUAUUUGCAGUACAGGGACUCCUUGCUAAGUCGCUGGUGACGGGAUCCAAGCAAAAACAUAUCAGGAGUCACAACUUACCGAAGGUCCUCAUGAAAAUGCAUUGAAAAUGGAUAAAAAGCACAUACACACACAUGGGUUUAUUUAUAGUACGUUUUCUUUCUUGAAAUACAUGACAUCGUCUAUGUCCGCAGAAAACAAAACAACAUUGUUGGGAGCCAUCCAACUAUCUGCAACUUAGCCGAAAUCGCGACUUACAGAGGUCAAACUUAGUUUAUGAAUAGUCUUUCCAGUCGCCAUUCUGAGAUUUCUGCUUAUGUACUACU